ACUGAAUGGGUCAAACUGACCCCAGAGAUGAAAGCGGGGUUAAAUACAUCCCUCUGUAUAAAACCGCACACCCCCUGCUGCUGUGGUGUCGGUAUAGAGACACGCGGUGUGUGUAAGUCAACACAUGGUGGUAGCUAAGACAUGCUACACAUCUUUAUUGUUUAGUAUUGAUGGCGCUGCUCUUUACUCGCUGUGUGUGUGUGAGGAGCUCUGCUGUGGCGCCGCCGCCAUAACGCGCCUGUGAAAUGAAGCAGAAAUAAAGAGCAGCAUCACUAAGCACAGCUCCCUCUCUCUCUUCCUCACACACACAUACACACACACACGCUGUGACUGAGGAAACGCUCAGUGGAGAGAUGAAGAACCGAAGGACACGGGAGGCAGCCUGCAUCGUUUAGCUCUCAGAAAUAACGCCGGGCUCUGCUGCUUCUGGAGUCUGGAGUCUGGAGUGAGGAGCGCCGCGCUCAGCAGCGUUCACUAUCCAGGGUCACUACUUCUGUAGAGUUCACUUCUUUAGGCUCAUUUGGUCCAAUAAGGCAGCAUGGCCUUGUCAUUCUGCGGGAACGAUCUCAACAACUCCUACAGUGUGGAAAAGGGAGUCCUGAAUAAUGGCUGCUUUGUGGAUGCGCUCAACCUUGUUCCACAUGUCUUUCUACUCUUCAUCACCUUCCCUAUCCUCUUUAUUGGCUGGGGCAGUCAGAGCUCGAAGGUACAGAUCCAUCACAACACCUGGCUACACUUUCCGGGCCAUAAUCUUCGCUGGAUCCUGACCUUCACAUUGCUGUUUGUGCAUGUGUGUGAGAUUGCAGAAGGAAUCGUCUCCAACACGUGGAUGCAAUCAAAUCAUUUGCAUCUUUUUCUGCCUGCUUUUAUGGGCUUCAUAGCAGCUACCACAUCAGUGGUUUAUUACCACAAUAUUGAAACAGCCAAUUUCCCCAAACUGCUUCUGGCACUGUUCAUAUACUGGGUACUGGCGUUCAUCACCAAAAUCAUUAAGCUGUGGAAGUUUGCAGAAGAAGGUCUUGGUGUGGAACAUCUGCGCUUCUGUAUCACUGCAGUACUCGUGGUGCUGUAUGGGCUGCUUAUGGCUGUCGAGGUUAAUGUCAUCAGAGUCAGGAAGUACGUGUUCUUUGCCAAUCCUCAGCGAGUAAAACCCCCAGAGGACCUGCAGGAUCUUGGAGUGCGAUUCCUCCAGCCUUUUGUUAACCUCCUCUCUAAGGCUACGUAUUGGUGGAUGAACCCGCUUAUUAUUGGAGCUCAUAAGAGACCCAUUGAACUGAAAAAGAUUGGAAAACUGCCCAUUGCCAUGAGGGCUCUAACUAACUACCUGCGGCUCAAAGAUGCCUAUGAAGAGCAGAGGCAGAACACAGAGGACCUGGACAAAGCACCGUCCAUUUGGAGGUCUAUGUACCGAGCCUUUGGUCGCCCCAUCCUCCUCAGCAGCACUUUUCGCUACAUGGCUGACCUACUGGGCUUUGCAGGUCCACUCUGUAUCUCUGGAAUCGUAGAACACAUGGACAACAAGACAGAGGUUGUCACAAUGAACAAGACAGAGGAUCUUCCGUUUGGGGUGUACUUCAUGUCCUCCACACAGCUGCUGCAGAACACGUACGUCCUGGCUGUGCUACUCUUCCUCGCUCUGAUACUCCAGCGCACCUUCCUGCAGGCAUCUUACUAUGUCACCAUAGAAACUGGCAUUAACCUACGAGGAGCGCUUCUGGCAAUGAUUUACAAUAAGAUUUUGCGCCUGUCCACUUCCAACAUGUCCAUGGGAGAAAUGACUUUGGGCCAGAUCAACAAUCUGGUUGCCAUCGAGACCAACCAGUUGAUGUGGUUCCUUUUCCUGUGCCCGAACUUGUGGGCAAUGCCUGUGCAGAUCAUAAUGGGUGUGAUCCUGCUGUAUUAUUUGUUGGGGUUCAGUGCACUGAUAGGUGCGUUAGUCAUCGUGCUGUUGGCCCCUAUUCAGUACCUCAUCGCCACCAAACUGGCCGACACACAGAAAAGCUCGUUGGACUACUCAACAGACCGUCUGAAAAAGACCACAGAAAUCCUGAAAGGCAUAAAGCUGUUGAAGCUCUAUGCAUGGGAGAAUAUAUUUUGUGACAGUGUGCUGGAAACCAGAAGCAAAGAGCUAACCUGUCUCAGGACCUUUGCCUUCUACACCUCCAUGUCCAUAUUUAUGAAUGCUGCCAUCCCCAUUGCGGCUGUGUUAGCGACGUUUGUUACGCAUGCAUACAUUAGUCAGUCCAGACUGAGCCCAGCUGAGGCAUUUGCCUCUUUGGCACUCUUCCACAUCCUAGUGACACCGCUCUUCCUGCUGUCCACUGUGGUCAGAUUUGCGGUCAAAGCUUUGAUCAGUGUCCAAAAGCUUGGCGAGUUCCUGCAGAGCGAAGAGAUUGGCGAUGACAGCUGGAGAAAUGGAGAUAUGCCUGUGUCUCUAGAGUCCUGCAAGAAACACCCAGGGGCUAGAAAUAGGAAGCAGCCACUGCGCUAUCAGAUGGACAACUACGAGCAGCCCCUGCGCAGGCAGCUGCGCCCCACUGAGACCGAGGAUGUAGCCGUCAAGGUAAACAAUGGCUACUUUACAUGGGGAAGCAACUUGUCAACAUUGUCAGACAUCAACAUCCGUAUCCCCACAGGUCAGCUAACCAUGAUCGUGGGCCAGGUGGGUUGUGGGAAGUCCUCACUGUUGUUAGCCAUGCUGGGAGAGAUGCAGACCCUCAGUGGAAAAGUCUACUGGAGCAAACUGGCUGAUAGUGAGAUGCUCCCCGACUAUUUAAGCGAGUAUGACUCUGAUUUUUCCCACGACGAACAGAGUAAGAACAGGUACUCCGUGGCCUAUGCAGCUCAGAAGUCAUGGCUGCUGAAUGCUACAGUAGAGGACAACAUCACAUUUGGAAGUCCUUUCAGCAAGCAGAGAUACAAGGCUGUAAUUGACGCUUGCUCUCUGCAGCCAGAUAUCGACCUUCUUCCUUUUGGAGACCAGACUGAAAUUGGAGAAAGGGGAAUAAAUCUUAGCGGAGGCCAGAGACAGAGGAUCUGUGUGGCCAGAGCUCUAUACCAGAACACCAACAUUGUUUUCCUGGAUGACCCAUUUUCUGCUCUGGACAUCCAUUUAAGUGACCACCUGAUGCAAGAAGGCAUUCUGAAGUUCCUGCAGGAUGAUAAACGAACCGUGGUCCUGGUCACCCACAAACUGCAGUACCUUAUUCAUGCUGACUGGAUCAUAGCCAUGAAGGACGGCUCUGUGUUGAGAGAGGGAACGUUGAAGGAUAUUCAGACUCAUGAUGUGGAGUUGUAUGAACACUGGAAGACUCUGAUGAACAGACAAGAUCAGGAGCUAGAAAAGGACACAGAGAUUGAGAGCCAGACCACGUUGGAGAGGAAGACUCUGAGAAGAGCAUUCUACUCCAGAGAAGCCAAGAACCAAAUAGAUGAUGAAGAUGAGGAGGAAGAAGAGGAGGAGGACGAAGAUGAUAACAUGUCUACCACCACCAGCCGCCGCUCAAAGAUCCCGUGGAGAGUGUGCUGGCGUUACUUGUCCUCUGGUGGAUUUUUCUUGGUCUUCUUACUGGUCACCUCAAAGCUGGCCAAGCACUCCGUCAUGGUGGCCAUUGACUACUGGCUAGCAGACUGGACCUCCUCAGCUUCAAAUGACCCCAUCAGUUCGUUCAUCUCGGACGCUACUGCCACUAACGACACAACUCGGGCAGCUCAGAACGCAGAGGACCAGUCCUACUUGUUGGUGUUUAUUAUCCUCUGUGGAGCUGGAAUAGUCCUGUGUCUCAUCACUUCUUUGACUGUAGAGUUUCUGGGGCUUUCUGCUGCCACUAAUUUGCACCAUAACUUGCUCAACAAGAUCAUCCAUGCUCCUCUUAGAUUUUUUGACGUCACUCCACUUGGCCAAAUCCUCAACCGUUUUUCUGCCGACACCAACAUUAUCGAUCAGCACAUUCCUCCAACACUGGAAUCUCUCACGCGCUCCACUCUCCUCUGUCUCUCGGCCAUUGGCAUCAUUGCUUUUGUUACACCAGUCUUUCUUAUUGCGCUGUUCCCCCUUGCAGUGGCCUUCUAUUUUAUCCAGAAGUAUUUCCGGGUCGCAUCCAAAGAUCUGCAAGACCUGGAUGACUCCACUCAGCUCCCUUUGCUCUGCCACUUUUCAGAAACUGCAGAAGGACUUACUACAAUUAGAGCUUUUAGACAUGAGGCUCGCUUUAAGCAGAGAAUGCUGGAGCUGACCGACACCAACAACACAGCGUACCUCUUUCUCUCUGCUGCCAACCGGUGGCUGGAGGUCAGAACAGAUUACUUAGGUGCUGUGAUUGUACUCACGGCUGCUGUGGCUGCCAUCUGGAUGCCUUUCUCUAGACUCCAGUCUGGUCUGGUUGGGCUGGGUCUAACAUACGCCCUCACUGUGACAAACUAUCUAAACUGGGUGGUGAGGAACCUGGCAGAUUUGGAGGUUCAGAUGGCUGCAGUUAAGAAGGUCAACAGCUUCCUGAGCACAGAGUCAGAGAACUAUGAGGGUUCUAUAGACGUGUCCCAGGUUCCAGAGGACUGGCCCCAGCACGGUGAGAUUAAGAUCCAGGAUCUAUGUGUGAGAUACGACCCAAUGCUGAAACCUGUUCUGAAACACGUUAAUGCCUUCAUCAACCCUGGACAGAAGGUGGGCAUAUGCGGUAGAACAGGCAGUGGAAAGUCCUCGCUGUCUCUGGCCUUCUUCAACAUGGUGGAUGUGUUUGAAGGAAAAAUCAUAAUAGACGGCAUUGAUAUUUGCAAACUGCCCCUGCAGACUCUGAGAUCCCGCCUGUCCAUCAUUCUUCAGGAUCCAGUCCUGUUCAGUGGCUCCAUUCGAUUUAACCUCGACCCAGAGCGCACCUGCACAGAUGACAGGCUAUGGGAGGCUCUCGAAAUCGCCCAGCUGAAGAAUAUGGUGAAAGCUCUCCCAGGAGGGCUGGAUGCUGUAAUAACAGAGGGAGGGGAGAACUUCAGCGUGGGUCAGCGUCAGCUCUUCUGCCUUGCCCGAGCCUUUGUCCGCAAGAGCAGCAUCCUCAUCAUGGAUGAAGCCACAGCCUCCAUUGACAUGGCCACGGAGAACAUUUUACAGAAGGUAGUGAUGACAGCGUUUGCUGACCGCACUGUCGUCACCAUCGCACACCGAGUACAUACUAUCCUGACGGCCGACCUUGUGAUUGUGAUGAAGAGAGGGAACAUCCUUGAGUACGGUAAACCAGAGACGCUGAUGGAGCAGGAGGACGGCAUGUUUGCUUCCUUUGUCAAAGCGGACAUGUGAAUCCAAUGACACACACACACCUGCACUCACUGUCUUUUUGCCUUAAAGAAGAACAGUCUGCCAAGUUGAAUUUAAAAAGGACUGAUUUAUAAACACUCACUUUCUAGUCCGGUCUGAACGCUUCUUUAAGGCUUUAGUUGUAACUGCAGUAUGUUAUUUUCUGUUCCUUUUAUCUUUUCUGUGUUCAGUUUAUACUCAUUCAUUAUGUCAUGUUAAUAGUAUGUACGUUUAAUCAGCAGCUAUUUUUUGUGAUUUGAAAACCUUGUUUCUCCAAAUCUUCAGUGGAUUGAAGUAAAUGGGGUUCAAAUGUUUCCUAAUAAUGGCAACAAUAUACUGUAUUACCUGGUACCAACACUGUACAGGGUUGUCAGUACAUGAAAAAAGCUGGCAAACUGUCUGUCUGUCUGAUGUACAUUGCUGAGUCGUCCUCGGGACAAAGAAGAACGACUGUCCGCACCACAGAGGCACAAAUAUCUAUGCAAAGAAUGUUGUUAAAUGUAUAUACACCUUAAACCAAUAUUUUGGAGUCUUUUUCUCUGCCUCUCUUUGUGACAGCUUGUGCUUCCUGAGGAUGUGACAGACCUUUCACUACAAAGAGAUUUUUUAUUUACACCACAGACUGAUUUUUUAUUUAGUUUUGAUCUGUUUUACUUUAUCUGUGUUGCUGCUUUACUGCUAAAACCAAAUUCAAGUUCUUGCUUUCAGCUUUAGUUUCACUUUUUUGUUUGUGCUGCUUAUAUGUUUCCAUUGGCACGUAUACAAUACGAUGUGAUGUAUUUUACCUUUGUCUUUGCUUUGAUUCCAUUUUUUUUUAUCUGUAUCCGAAGGUAGCCUUUAAAACUAAAACACUAAAACAGCUGAUGUACUGAAUUUUCUAAAUAUUCCUUAUUCAAAUGCAUUUCUUUAAUUUCCUCUGAACGGCAACAGUAAUGAAAUAAUGCCUGGGAAUAACAUGAUCAUUAUUUAUAAUAAAGCUUUAAAGCUGUGGAACAGUGAAACACAAUAAAUAUAGAUAUAUAAUAUCUAUAGAACAGCUAGUUAUUUUAAAGAGCCACUAAACCGUAAAGCAUAUUUUUUCCAUUAAUAGCUCAAAUGUGUUCCUUUGAAGUAAUGAAACAUACCAGUCCUGCUUAAAAUUUAAAAACAUUUCCUAACCUUCAAAAAACGCUUUCAUUGAAGUAAUAUCUGCCUCUGCAGCACACUCUCAGGUUCAACUGUGCUAUAGGCAUGGAUGAUACAUCCUACACAGACACUCACAGAUUGCAGAUCAGUUUAUCAAUAAUACGGCCCCCUGCUCAAACUUUUAGCAUUUUUCAAAGUUGAACUGAGGGUGGUUUCCCCUUUAAAACAGUUUGAGCCACAAACCAGGCCACUGGACCUGAUGGUAGAUUUUUUUAUACAACACCAAGUGUUCCAUUAUUGACAUUAAAGAACCUCUUUGUCUGUAGUUUAAUAUAUUUUGAUAAUUAAUAAUUGACUUAAGGCAGGUUUUGCUCAGUCUGGCGGCAAAGUGUAAACUCAGAUUACCCAGCCGGGUUUUCAAGCCAUGGAUUUAGCCUAGUCCUGGAACUAAAACUAAUCAAGGAUCUCUUACAGGCAUGUAAACCGCUACCACUGUUUCUGCUUUGUCCUGUAAACAGGGGCCGUUUCACUGACAGAAUGUUUAACACUCUCCUCUCUGGGACUCGUUAGAGCCAGCUGUUCUUUUUUAUAUGAACUGUGAGCAGUGUGUUGUCGUCUUCUCAAAAGACCCUCUAUUGGCCAUAAACCUUCUCCGUACUUCUUCACUGUAUGGGAAAGUGCUGCUGCUGGCCACGGUAUGCCAAAUGUCACUGCUGUUCAGAAACACAGUGGAUCACACAUUACUGUUUCUGCAAGGCUUCAGUCCUCUGUGUAUACAACAGUUUUUUUUUUCGUGAGCUGUGUGGAAUGACAGUUUAUUGCAAUGUUUUCAUGCGUUUUUUUGUGUUGGAUAGUUUGUCUUAAAUGUACAUAUGUAAUUACUGUCAGUAGCAUAAAUCAUUUUACAUGUCAUUAUACUGUGUGCCUACUUUUUUACACUUGAACUGAAUAAAUUGGAGCCUUUCUCUCAAA